CCGGGGCGGUGGCGGCAGGCGCUGAGCCGGCGGAGCGCGGAGCGGGCGACGGUGACGGGCGGCGCGAGCCCGCACCCUCCCGCGCUGCGCGCCGCGACACCAUGGAGCCCGCCGUGUCGCUGGCCGUGUGCGCGCUGCUCUUUUUGCUCUGGGUGCGAGUGAAGGGGCUGGAGUUCGUUCUCAUCCACCAGCGCUGGGUGUUCGUGUGCCUCUUCCUGCUGCCGCUCUCGCUCAUCUUCGACAUCUACUACUACGUGCGCGCCUGGGUGGUGUUCAAGCUGAGCAGUGCGCCGCGCCUGCACGAGCAGCGCGUGCGGGACAUCCAGAAACAGGUACGGGAAUGGAAGGAACAGGGCAGUAAGACCUUCAUGUGCACAGGGCGUCCGGGCUGGCUCACUGUCUCACUGCGAGUUGGAAAGUACAAGAAGACUCAUAAGAACAUCAUGAUCAAUCUGAUGGACAUCCUGGAGGUGGACACCAAGAAACAGAUUGUGCGAGUGGAGCCCUUGGUGUCUAUGGGUCAGGUGACAGCUUUGCUGAAUUCCAUUGGCUGGACCCUGCCUGUGUUGCCCGAACUCGAUGACCUCACAGUGGGAGGCCUGAUCAUGGGCACAGGCAUCGAGUCAUCGUCCCACAAGUACGGCCUGUUCCAACACAUCUGCACUGCCUACGAGCUGAUUCUAGCAGAUGGCAGCUUUGUGCGCUGCACACCGUCUGAAAACUCAGACCUGUUCUAUGCCGUACCCUGGUCCUGUGGGACCCUGGGCUUCCUGGUGGCUGCCGAGAUCCGUAUCAUCCCUGCCAAGAAGUAUGUCAAGCUGCGGUUUGAGCCAGUGCGGGGCUUAGAGGCCAUCUGUGAAAAAUUCACCCAGGAGUCCCAGCGGCUGGAGAACCACUUCGUGGAAGGGUUGCUGUACUCUCUAGAUGAGGCUGUCAUUAUGACAGGGGUCAUGACGGAUGACGUGGAGCCCAGCAAGCUGAACAGCAUUGGCAGUUACUACAAGCCGUGGUUCUUCAAGCAUGUGGAGAACUACCUGAAGACAGACCGCGAGGGCCUUGAAUACAUUCCCCUGAGGCACUACUACCACCGACACACGCGCAGCAUCUUCUGGGAGCUCCAGGACAUCAUCCCUUUUGGCAACAACCCCAUCUUCCGCUACCUCUUUGGCUGGAUGGUGCCUCCCAAGAUCUCCCUCUUGAAGCUGACCCAGGGCGAGACUCUGCGCAAGCUGUAUGAACAGCACCAUGUGGUGCAGGACAUGCUGGUGCCCAUGAAAUGCCUGUCUCAGGCCCUGCAUACCUUCCAAAACGACAUCCAUGUCUACCCCAUCUGGCUGUGUCCGUUCAUCCUGCCUAGCCAGCCAGGACUUGUGCAUCCCAAGGGAGAUGAGGCCGAGCUCUACGUGGACAUCGGGGCGUAUGGGGAGCCGCGCGUGAAGCACUUCGAGGCCAGGUCCUGCAUGAGGCAGCUGGAGAAGUUUGUACGGAGUGUGCACGGGUUCCAGAUGUUAUACGCGGAUUGCUAUAUGAACCGUGAGGAAUUCUGGGAGAUGUUCGAUGGCUCCUUGUACCACAAGCUGCGCAAGCAGCUUGGCUGCCAGGAUGCCUUCCCUGAGGUGUAUGACAAGAUCUGCAAGGCUGCGAGGCACUGAGCAGGGCACCUGGGGAGCCAGAUGCAUGGGAAUGGACUUGCUCUCCCUCGCUCCAGCUUCUCUGCUUUCCCAGAUUUCAGAAAGAAACCCCUCCCGAAAUCCCUGAGACGGGCAGCCCAGUGGCCUCCAGGGCAGCUCGGUCAAGUGGAAGCACAUGGGAUUUGGAGUCAGACAGACCUGUGUCCCAGUCCCAGAUCAGCCACUCCUCAGCCGUGUGACUGACUUUGGGCUAGUCACCUGGCCCCUGUGUGCCCCGUGUUUAUCCGUGAAAGGAGG